AUGAGAAGCGCUCUCCCUCUGUUCCUUUUCUCCCUGGUUGCCCUUUGCGGGCGAGGGGACUGUCGUGUGGCCAAUGCAGAGGAGAAGCUCAUGGACGACCUUCUGAACAAAACCCGCUACAACAACUUGAUCCGCCCAGCCACCAGCUCCUCCCAGCUCAUCUCCAUCCGGCUGCAUCUCUCCCUGGCCCAGCUCAUCAGCGUGAAUGAGCGAGAACAGAUCAUGACCACCAACAUCUGGCUGAAACAGGAAUGGACAGACUACCGCCUGGCCUGGAACAGCUCCCGCUAUGAGGGUGUGAACAUCCUGAGGAUCCCUGCAAAUCGUGUCUGGCUGCCUGACAUCGUGCUUUACAACAACGCCGACGGGACCUAUGAGGUGUCUCUCUAUACCAACGUGGUGGUCCGCUCCAAUGGCAGCGUCCUGUGGCUGCCCCCUGCCAUCUGCAAGAGCGCCUGCAAGAUCGAGGUGAAGCACUUCCCCUUCGACCAGCAGAACUGCUCCCUCAAGUUCCGCUCCUGGACGUACGACCACACGGAGAUCGACAUGGUCCUCAAGAUGCCCUCGGCCAGCAUGGAUGACUUCACCCCCAGUGGCGAAUGGGACAUAGUCGCCCUCCCCGGGCGAAGGACAGUGAACCCGCAGGACCCCAGCUAUGUGGACGUGACCUACGACUUCGUCAUCAAGCGCAAGCCGCUGUUCUACACCAUCAACCUCAUCAUCCCCUGCGUGCUCAUCACCUCCCUGGCCAUCCUCGUCUUCUACCUGCCGUCCGACUGUGGCGAGAAGAUGACGCUGUGCAUCUCCGUGCUGCUGGCGCUCACCGUCUUCCUGCUGCUCAUCUCCAAGAUCGUGCCGCCCACCUCCCUCAACAUACCGCUCAUCGGCAAGUACCUAAUGUUCACCAUGGUGCUGGUCACCUUCUCCAUCGUCACCAGCGUCUGCGUGCUCAACGUGCACCACCGCUCACCGAGCACACACACCAUGGCACCCUGGGUCAAGCGCUGCUUCCUACACAAGCUCCCCACCUUCCUCUUCAUGAAGCGCCCCAACAGCAGCCCCUCUAGGGUCCCCCAGUCCAGCCAGGCUCGCCUGACCAAGUCUGAGGCCACCACCACCACCACCACCUUGGCCAUGGGCCCCACCAGCUCGUCCAACCUCUAUGGGAACUCCAUGUACUUUGUGAACCCUGGCUUGGCAGCUCCCAAGUCUCCAGCAGCCUCAGACUCAGCGGGUAUCCCCAGAGAUUUCCGGCUGAGGUCUUCUGGAAGGUUCAGGCAGGAUGUGCAGGAGGCUUUAGAGGGCGUCAGCUUCAUUGCCCAGCACAUGAAGAGUGACGAUCUGGACCAGAGUGUCAUCGAGGACUGGAAAUACGUGGCCAUGGUGGUGGACCGGCUGUUCCUGUGGGUGUUCGUGGUUGUGUGUGUGCUCGGCACUGUGGGGCUCUUCCUACCUCCCCUUUUCCAGACUCACACACCUUCUGAAGGACCCUAG